AAAACAUAAACAAACUCUCUCUCUCUUCUCUUUCUCCCACACGCUUUCUUUUGGAGCAAAUCGGAAAAAAAAAAUCAACGGCCAAAGCAAUGAGGAAGGAUGAUCUCUGCAUCACUGUUCCGACGUUCUUCCGAUGUCCUAUAUCACUCGACGUUAUGAAAUCUCCGGUGAGUCUUUGCACCGGUGUUACCUACGAUCGAGCUAGUAUCCAACGGUGGCUCGACGGCGGGAAUAACACUUGUCCGGCGACGAUGCAGAUUCUUCAGAACAAGGAUUUCAUACCGAAUCGGACUCUUCAACGUCUUAUAGAGAUUUGGUCUGAUUCUGUUCGUCGUCGAGUUUGUGUUGAAUCGGCGGAAUUAGCUGCUCCGACGAGAGACGAGAUCUCCGAUGCGAUUGAUAGAGUGAAGAUCGAGAAAGAAGAAAGAGAUGAUCGCGAGGUUUUGUCGAAGAUUGUUCGAUUCGGUAGAGAAUCUGAUGAUAACAGAGGAUUUCUCGCCGGAAAAGAUGAUUUCGUGAGACUUCUCGUGGAUCUGAUUAAUCAGGUAGAUUUCAAAACCACCUCCGCCGCGAAGUCACUGGUUGUUCAAGAAGCGGUGAAGAUUCUGAGUAUGAUUCGAACCAAAAUCUCAGAUCGGAGACGGUUUUCGAAUCUGAUUUUGAACGGUCGAGAUCGGUUAACGGUUAUCGUCUACUUGUUUAAAACCGGGAAUGUCGAAUUGAAAAUUGAUUGCGCCGGUUUACUUGAGUUCAUCGCCGUCGACGCUGAGUCAAAGCUGUUAAUCGCCGAGAGAGAUGGUGUAAUCACGGAGCUAAUGAAAUCGAUUAGCAAAGAUUCCGAUUUAAGCUUAAUCGAAUCGAGUUUAUCGUGCUUGAUCGCGAUUAGCUCACCGAAACGUGUGAAACUCAAUCUAAUCCGAGAGAAACUCAUCGGAGAUGUUACGAAAUUGUUAUCAGAUUCAACGUCGUCGAGCGUUUCGGUGACUGAGAAAUGCUUGAAGCUUCUCGAGAUUUUAGCAUCUACUAAGGAAGGGAGAUCGGAAAUUUGCGGCGGAGAUGGCGAGUGUUUGAAGACGGUGGUUAAGAAGCUGAUGAAAGUAUCGACGGCGGCGACGGAGCACGCCGUGACGGUGCUAUGGAGUGUUUCUUAUCUAUUCAAAGAAGAUAAAGCUUUGGAAGCUGUUACGAGUGCUAACGGAGUUACGAAAAUUCUGUUACUGUUACAGAGCAAUUGCUCUCCCGCCGUUAGACGUAUGUUAACGGAUCUUCUUAAGGUCUUCAAGGUGAAUUCAAGAUCUUGCCUUUCGGCUUACGACACCAAAACGACACAUAUCAUGCCGUUUUAAUCAAUUCUUUUUUACUUACUAGGGUUUCGUUCUUAGGAUUUGUUUCUUGGGAAAGAGGUUAAAAGGGUAAGAAAAUUUGUAAACAAAAUGAAAUUUUGAAUAGUGA